AUGGAUGAUGAGGGGGAAAGCUAUGCUUCUGCAGAAGUAUCUGAUAUGUUGGAAUCAGUUUCUUUUCUAAACAUAAUGUAUCAAGCUUUGAAAGUCUUCUUGAGAGUGAGGCCCUUUUCUGGAGCAGAGCUUGAAAACCAUGAAUCUCAGGGUUGUAUAACUAUUGAAGAUCCUCAGACAGUCAUUCUUAGUGCACCCAAAGAGUCUUCUGCAAUGAAAAACAGUGAGAGAGGGAUUGGUAAUUCUGUGCACAAAUUUGCCUUCUCUCAGGUCUUUGGACCAGAGACUACUCAGAGUGAAUUUUUUGAAGGCUCAAUGAAAGAGAUAGUAAGCGCAUACGUUCAUGGAGUGAAUGGACUGGUGUUUACUUAUGGGGUUACAAAUGCAGGCAAGACAUUCACUAUUCAAGGCACUCCAAAAGAUGGUGGUAUUUUACCUCGCUCGCUUGCUGUGAUUUUCAACCACAUAAGGGGAAGACAUUACCUGAAGAUGAACUUCAAACCAUGUUUGAGCAAUGAUGUUAAGAAACUAGAAGAUGCACAAGUCAAGCAAGAAGAAGCCAUAAAAACUGCUGUUCUUGCAUCGCUGAAAGAGGAGACAGAAAACAUCUCCAAUAGUAUUAUAAAUACAUGUGGUGUGGAGUCAGUUUCUUCCAACUGUACUUCAAAAAGACUUCCUUCUGAUUCCCUAGCAGAGAACAACUUUGUUCCACUUGACAUAUAUAGGACUAAUAUACACCCAAGAACACAAGCAUCUGUGUGGAUUUCCUUUUGUGAAAUUUAUAAUGAAUAUGUGUAUGACCUAUUAAAUGUAUUAUCUACAUCAAAAACUCAGAAGCGCAGAGUCUUGAGAAUCUGUGAGGAUCAAGGAGGAAAUUCUUACAUUAAAGACUUAAAGUGGAUUAACAUUCAGAGCACUGAAGAAGCCUGCAAAUUACUAAAAAUAGGAAACAAGAACCGAAGCUUUGCUUGUACAAGAAUGAAUGAGCAAUCAAGUAGAAGUCACAGUAUAUUUUCAAUCAGGCUACUAAGGCUAACUGAUGAGCAUCAGCCGUGUGUACUUGGAGUUUCAGAGUUGUCUUUCUGUGACUUGGCUGGAUCAGAGAGGUGUAAUAAAACACAAGCCUUUGGAGACAGACUAAAAGAAGCAGGAAAUAUUAAUAAUUCUCUUCAUAUCCUUGGAAAAUGCAUCGCGGCAUUGAAGCAAAAUCAAAAUCCAAAGUUGAAGCCAAGCUAUAUUCCAUUCAGAGAGAGCAAACUGACUCGUCUCUUUCAGCCCUUCUUUUGUGGCAAAGGCAAAGUAUGUAUGAUUGUAAACAUUAAUCAGCAUGCUUCCACAUAUGAUGAAACACUACACGUAAUGAAAUUUUCAGCUAUAGCCAAGCAGGUAAUCCAGACAAUCCUACCCAAAAGUUUUGGUUAUUUUCCACCCAAGCUAGAUGGAGGCAAUGGCAAACCUAUCGUGCACUUUGAUGCGAACACGUCUGUAGAUGACUUUCCUGACAGUACUGAAACCUCUGCAGAUGAGGAAGUGGACAUCACCAUUCUGAGUCAUGAGGAUCUCUUGAAAACUACAGAGAACCUAAAGCAGAGGCUAGUUGCAGAAAGACAAAGUAAACUCUUUCUGGAGGUGAAGAUACGUAAAGAGAUGGCAGAAGCAAUGUUUCGACAGCUGUUGGAAACAGAGGAAGCCUGGAGCAACCGCUUGGAAGAUAUGAAAGACAGUUUUGAAGAAAAACUGGAGAGCAAAUUUGAAAUGUAUAAAGAGGCCAUCAAGAAACAUGCAUAUAUGUGUGCAAUGGAACAAAUUGAAGAUCAUUAUGUUCCCAUAGAAGAAUUUCUAGCUGAACAACAGAAAGUUGAGGACAGAAUCACUGAAUUAUCAAGGUUGGAAAAGACCUUCCAAGAUCAU